UCGUUUCUGCUUCUGUGUGUUUCUUAUUGUUGUUGCUGUAGUUUUUUUUGGCGUAAAAUUAUGAAUGUUGUUGUGGCGCUGCUUUUACUGUGCGCGUUCGGCUUGUCGCACGCCUCGAUCAUCAAAUUACCAACAGCUGAUGAUGAGAAGACGCCGUGGGACCUGCUCAGUGCCAUUUAUGGCACCUCUGGCCUGCGCAGCUUCAAUGGCACGUGGAUAACAGAUGAGGAAUUCUACUAUACGGCUAGUGAUCGAUCGAUUCGCAAAUACAAUGCAGCCACAAAGCAAAAUACAGUAUUCUUGGAAUCCACAUUUUUGAAUACAUACAGUGGGGCUACAUUUACGCUCUCUGCGGAUAAUACCAAAAUAUUGGUACGCUACAAUUUGACAGGGAAAUUCCGUUACUCGAAUGUGGCCCAAUACGAUGUGUAUGACAUCGCAACGAACUCGGCGAUCAAGAUACACAAGGGCGAGAAGCUGCAGUAUUGCGCCUGGUCGCCGCUCAAGGAUCGGCUGGCCUAUGUCUAUCAGAACAACGUGCACAUCCAUUUCAAUGAGAAUCUGGAGGUGGCCAUCACCGAGGAUGGCAAAGAUGGCAUCGUGUAUAACGGUGUGCCCGACUGGGUCUAUGAGGAGGAGGUGUUGAGCAGCGGCAGCGCCCUCUGGUGGUCGCCGGAUGGCACUAAACUGGCCGUUGGCUUCUUCAAUGACACCAAUGUGGAGACCUUUAGAUAUUUCCUCUAUGGCGACACUGAAAAUGAAUACUAUCAGUAUCCACAUGAGGAGCACCUCAAGUAUCCGAAGAGCGGCACACCUAAUCCGACUGUCUACCUAAGGGUGUACGAUCUGGCCGACAACGAUCCCAUCAUGCAACGCAUCGAGGCGCCCGUCGACAUUGUCAGCUCCGAUCACAUACUCCAGAAUGUGGUCUGGUCGGAUAAUAAUCAUUUGCUCAUCACCUGGAUGAAUCGUCGCCAGAAUCUAUCGACGCUGCAGCGCUGCACCCCGCAGGGCGUGUGCAAGGAGGUGACAAGGAUUGAGGAACCCGACGGCUGGGUGGCCAUGAGUACGCCCAAAUGCCUGAAGAAUGGCCAGAACUGCAUAUUUGCCUACUUCAUCGACAACUGGUAUCAGGUGUGGAAUCUCAAUUUGGAAACGGGCCUCAAUAGCUGGAAAUCGCGUGGCGAAUUCACAGUGCUCACUGUCUAUGGCUAUGAUGAGGUCAAUGAUAAGCUGUAAGUAUUUGGUAUAUACUUCCAACUACAUAUAUGAAAGGGGUACUUAAGCGCAUAUGAAAUGAGGGUCAAUAAUCGAUGUUGAUCAUCUUUCGAUAUCCAAGAAAUUACUGACAAUCUAUAUUCAACAGUUUUGUAUAUUUAGAAAAGUUGACGUUCCAAUAUUACCAGCUAUACUCAGGUCUGGGAAUCGGCCACACAUACUAAGGUCACGGACUGGGAGCUGAAUAGCGCUUAUCGCGCUCAGGUGGCCACUAAGCAGAUGCCCACAUAUCGUUUUCUGAAUGUCACCUUGGCAGAUGGCAGCAUUGGCAUUGCCAGGUUGGCGUUGCCACCUAAUUUCGAUGAGAGCAAAAAGUAUCCCAUGAUUGUUAAUGUAUACGGCGGACCCAAUUCGGUGCGAGUGACGAAUGGAUUCACUGUCGGCUACGAUGCCUUUGUAGUCACCACAAGGAAUACCAUUUACGCCACCAUCGAUGGGCGUGGCACGGGAAAUAAGGGCAAAAAACUGCUGUUCUCUGUCAACAAUGAUUUGGGCGACCACGAGGUGGAGGAUCAAAUCUUUGUCACCAACUUGCUUCAACAAAAAUUCAAGUUUAUCGAUGCCAAUCGCACGGGCAUUUGGGGCUGGAGUUAUGGUGGCUAUAUGACAGCAAAAACUCUUGAAAAGGAUAAUGAGAAAGUAUUCAAAUGCGGUGUUUCCGUGGCGCCAGUUACCUCGUGGCUUUACUACGAUACGAUAUAUACGGAACGCUAUAUGGGCUUGCCCACUGUGAACGACAAUGAGCUCAAGUACAAUGAGAGCAGCGCCUUCAGUAAUUUGGAUAAUUUCAGAACUCAUGGCUUUUUGCUAAUCCAUGGCUCGGGCGAUGACAAUGUGCACUAUCAGCACUCGCUGCUGUUGGCCAAACUCUUACAGCGCGCUGAUAUACCCUUUGAGGAGCAGACCUAUACUGAUGAGAACCACAGCAUUGGCAAUGCUACGCCGCAUUUGUAUAAUACCAUAGAUCAAUUCUGGCUCAACUGCCUGAACAAAACUGCCACUAAAGGAUAGAUUAUAUCUAUGUAUUUAUAUAUAUGUAU